UUUAUUCACCUAUGGUGAUACCGCUAUAUCAUGGAGAUCAAUGAAGCAAACAUUAACUGCAACAUCAUCAAAUCAUGCAGAAUUAAUUGCUCUUUAUGAAGCAGGUCGUGAGUGUGUCUGGUUGAGAUCAAUGAUCCAGCACAUACAAAAUGAAUGCGGUAUAAAAUCUUUUACUUCUAAUCCUACUGUGAUUUAUGAAGAUAAUACAGCAUGUAUAGCUCAGAUCAAAGGAGGUUACAUCAAAGGGGACAGAACAAAGCAUAUAGCACCAAAACUUUUCUCCACACAUGAUCUUGAGAAUGACGGAACGGUUGAUGUCAAACAAAUCAAGUCAUGCGACAACCCUGCUGAUUUGUUCACAAAGUCAUUGGCACCAAA